CCCAUCUUGCAAAGUUGCUCAAAUAAAGUUGCGCACCCACGGUGUUUUUCUCCGAAAGACAUUCCCACUCAACUCAUCCCACUACGAACUCACUCACUGAAGCUCACGAACCACACACCCUACAUCACACCUUAAACUCGACCACGAUGACUGCCGAAGUAUCUCACGGAAGAGGUGGCGCCGGAAACAUGGCCGUUGACGACACCCAGUACGUCGACGGCGAGGUCGUGAGAGCAGGCCCCGAGGGGUCUCAGGGAACUGGCGCAUUCAGCGCAGGUCGAGGAGGUGCCGGUAACAUUGGCGACGCGAAGAAGGAGCCCGCUCCGCGCUCCGACAAGGACCUCAUCCCCGAGGAGGCCUACCGCCCCUCCAUGGAGGGUCAGGACUACCACGUCGGCCGAGGCGGUGCGGGCAACGCCGUCGAGACGGAUAAGUCAGCCGCUCACAAGGACAUUGACCACGAGAAGAAGGCCGCUGCGCAGGCUCGUGCCGACGGCCACUCGGGCGUCAGCGUCGCCGACAAGCUCAAGGCCAAGAUCCUCGCGCCCUUCCACAAGAAGUAAAAAGGAAAAGACUGCCUGUCGGAAAAGCAAGCCGAGAUGGGGAAAGGAGAAAAACGGUAAUUUUGGGUGUUGAUGUGUUGCGACGGAUGCUGGUUGAACCUGGGCUGGAAGUUUGUUUUUGACAUACCCUUCACGAUAUCCCCCAUUUCGUAAAAUCUAUUUCGUGUCCAGACUUUGUCUCGACGUUCUAAAUGAUAUCCUGCCACUGGCAUUAUUGCAAAACCCUUACCAAACUGCUC